UGCUGAGCGCUGCUGAGACAGGCUUGAGCGGCCGCUGCCUGUGCAGGGGGAGGACCGGGCCGGUGGAAAUGUAACGUUAACCCUGCGGACGGCGGGGAGAAGCGCUUCAGCAGAGUGUGAACCUAUCCGAGUAGAUUAUUUCCUCAGAAAUAGCUUUAUUUCACCAUGUGAAGCUGAGAAGGAGCGGCGCGAGACAGCUUUUUCGCGCCUUUUAACGGCCGAGCUGCGAGUUUACCGUCCCUGCCGGCCAGCGGAGGCUUACCGGGAGCGGUAAAUCCGAGUAUAUGCCCGGGAUUCUGCGGUGUUUUUGGCUUAACGGCGCUGAGACGGAGGGAAAAUGUCGGGGGGACAGGACGAGAGCUCGGUGCGGGUCGCUCUGAGGUUUUGAGUGUUCAUCUGACUCUAAAGUGCUGAAGCAGUUCUCGUUCAUUCCGGAUCUCUGACGCGAGACAGCAUGCAGGAUUCGUCCACAGCUGGCGAAGGAGAAAAUUGAAGGAUGUCACAUUUGCACAUUCGUGACCCCUGGAGAACCCCAAGUGGUUCUGGGAAAGGACAAGGCCUUCACAUACGAUUAUGUGUUCGACAUGGACUCUCAGCAGGAUGCCAUCUACAGCAACUGCACUGAGAAGCUCAUUGAAGGCUGCUUUGAAGGAUACAAUGCCACUGUCUUUGCAUACGGCCAGACUGGCUCGGGGAAAACGUACACCAUGGGCACAGGUUUUGAUGUGAGCAUCAGUGAGGAUGAAUGUGGGAUCAUUCCACGAGCCGUCACUCAUCUCUUCAGAGGCAUCGAAGAGAGGCGUCAGGCUGCCAUCGAUCAGGGCCGACCUGUACCCGAGUUUAAGAUCAACGCCCAGUUCUUAGAGCUGUACAAUGAGGAGGUGCUGGACUUGUUUGACACUACACGGGAUGCAGAAGCCAGAAAGCAGAAAUCUAAUAUUAAGAUUCAUGAAGAUGCAACUGGAGGGAUUUACACAGUGGGAGUCACCACACGGACAGUCACAUCUGAGGCUGAGAUGAUGCAGUGCCUGAAGCUGGGUGCCCUGUCCCGCACUACAGCCAGCACUCAGAUGAACGUCCAGAGCUCACGCUCACAUGCCAUCUUCACCAUCCACCUGUGCCAAGUCCGAGUCUGCGCCUCCGACAACAACAAUGAGACAGACAACAGACUGGCCAACGGAUCUUCUGAGAUGAACGAAUUUGAAACCCUCACUGCAAAGUUUCACUUUGUAGACUUGGCUGGUUCAGAACGACUGAAGAGAACAGGAGCAACAGGAGACAGGGCUAAAGAGGGCAUCUCCAUCAACUGUGGACUGCUUGCUUUAGGUAAUGUCAUCAGCGCUCUGGGGGACAAAAGCAAGCGCUCCACGCAUGUGCCUUACCGUGACUCAAAGCUCACACGCCUUCUUCAGGAUUCCUUAGGAGGAAACAGUCAGACAAUGAUGAUAGCUUGUAUCAGCCCCUCGGACCGGGACUUUAUGGAGACCUUGAACACACUGAAGUACGCUAACCGGGCUCGCAACAUCAAGAACAAAGUAGUGGUGAACCAGGACCGGGCCAGCCAGCAGAUCAGCGCCCUCAGGACGGAGAUAGCUCGGUUGCAGAUGGAGCUCAUGGAAUACAGGACGGGUAAGCGUAUGAUUGGAGAGGAUGGAUUGGAGAGCAUUAACGACAUGGUCCAUGAGAACUCCAUGCUGCAGACUGAGAAUAAUAACCUGCGUGUGCGAGUCAAGGCCAUGCAGGAGACCAUCGAUGCUCAGAGAGCUCGGCUCACCCAGCUGCUGAGCGAUCAGGCCAACCAGGUCCUCGCUAGAGCAGGUGAAGGGAACGAGGAGAUUGGAAAUAUGAUCCAGAACUACAUCAAAGAGAUUGAGGAACUCAGGGCCAAGCUACUGGAGAGUGAGGCUGUGAAUGAGAACCUGCGAAAGAGCCUCUCUCGAGUCUCCACGCGUUCCUCUCUGUACGGAGGACCCUCGUCUUUUAUUCCUCCGGAGAAUGGGGCCUCUGACAUCAUUGAGAUGGCCAAGAAAGACCUGGAGAAGCUGAAGAAGAAAGAAAAGAAAAAGAAAAAGAGACUCCAGCAGAUGGCAGAAUGUACCCAUGAGGACCCUGAGAAUGACAGUGUCAUCAAAGAAGAAGGCCCUGAUAAUGACCAGCCGUCAGACAGAAUCAGCGAGGAGGCAGAGGCGGAUGGAAGUGAUCACGAAGAGGGAGAUGACGGAGAGGGAGAGGCGGAGGAGGACGAGAUGGAGGCGGAAGAGAGCUCAGACGAGUCCGACUCGGAGCAGGAAGAGAAAGCAGUGGACUGUCAAGCAGACCUGGCCAACAUUACGUGUGAGAUUGCCAUUAAGCAGAAGCUGAUUGAUGAGCUAGAGAACAGUCAGCAGCGUCUUCACACUCUGAAGCAGCAGUACGAGCAGAAACUCAUGAUGCUACAGAGCAAGAUCCGGGACACACAGCUGGAGAGAGACCGCGUGCUGCACAAUAUGGGUUCGGUGGAGUCGUGCACAGAGGAGAAAGCGAAGAAGAUCAAGGCAGAGUAUGAGAGGAAACUGAGCUCUAUGAAUAAAGAGCUGCAGAAACUGCAGUCAGCUCAGAAGGAGCAUGCUCGUCUGCUCAAGAACCAGUCCCAGUACGAGAAACAGCUGAAGAAACUGCAGCAGGAGGUGUCUGAGAUGAAGAAGACUAAGGUGGGACUAAUGAAACAAAUGAAGGAGCAGCAGGAGAAGAACCGUGUGUCAGAAACCAGACGGAACCGUGAGAUUGCCACACUGAAGAAAGACCAGCGCAGACAUGAGCACCAGCUGCGGCAGUUGGAAGCACAGAGGAAACAACAGGAGCUCAUCCUGCGCAGAAGAACAGAGGAGGUAACAUCUCUGAGGCGACAAGUACGACCCUCCUCUGGGAAGGUCAAUCGUAAGGUCAGUUUGCCUGAGCCUCUGCAUGAGCCUGCCUCCCGAACCGGUCCCACCAGACCACAGGCUGCCGGGGCUACUGCACCCAAUGGAACCAGGAAAUACCAAAUGAGAACAGGGGGUGUGUCCACCAAGACAGCACGGGCCAAGUGGCAGUCACUAGAGAGGCGGAUUAGUGACAUCAUCAUGCAAAGGAUGACUAUCUCUAACAUGGAGGCUGAUAUGAACCGUCUCCUCAAGCAACGAGAGGAUUUGACCAAACGCAGGGAGAAGGUUUCAAGAAAGAGGGAUAAAAUUGCAGUGGAGGGAGCAGAUGCAGAGAGGACUGUCCUGUCUUUCAACGAGGAGAUGGAAUCUCUUACUGCCAACAUUGACUACAUCAACGACAGCAUUGCAGACUGCCAGGCCAACAUCAUGCAGAUGGAAGAAGCUAAGGAAGAGGGUGAUGCAGUGGAUGUCUCUGCAGUGAUCAGCUCAUGCACUCUGUCUGAGGCUCGCUUCCUACUCGACCAUUUCCUCUCUAUGGCAAUCAAUAAGGGCCUGCAGGCAGCACAGAAGGAGGCUCAGAUCAAAGUGAUGGAGGGCCGUCUGAAGCAGACAGAGAUAAACAGCGCCACACAGAACCAGCUGCUCUUCCACAUGCUGAAGGAGAAGGCAGAAGUCAAUCCAGAGCUGGAUGCACUUCUGGGGAAUGCUCUGCAAGAGCUAGGUAACACACCUGUCGAGAAUGGUGAUGAAAGCAGCAGUGAUGAAUCUGAUCGGAGUCCAGCCACUGAAGGGGGCUCUCUAGCCUCAGAUCUAAUGAAGCUGUGUGGAGAAUCCAGACCCAGAAGUAAGGCUCGUAGAAGAACAACCACACAGAUGGAGUUGCUGUAUGCCAGCAGUGCUGACCCUGAUGCUCCUCCAGAUGAUUUCUCCGCCCCUCUCCUGCCGGUGCUGGAGAGCCCAGAUGCCAGCGGGGGCCGGUUGUCUCCCUCUAGUCUGAUGUCCAGGACAAGCAUGUCUGGUGUUAGAUCUCCAACAGCAACUGAAAGGACGUCAGCAGCGGAGCGAUCUCCACUGACCCGCAGGAGAAUACAGGAAAGAAGUCAGACCCCCAUAGACAAGCCCACCAGCCCGGACAGCAAACAGUCUGAUGACUCUUUUGUGUUAGAAGCUCAAAGGGGAGUGAUCAACCCAGUGGCAUCCUCAAAAGGCAGUCGAGCACCCAGGCUGCAGUGUGUGUACACAGCUGAGGGACACACUAAAGCCUUGAUGUGUGUGGACUCUACUGAUGAUUUACUAUUUACCGGUUCAAAGGACCGCACAUGUAAGGUAUGGAACCUGGUAACAGGGCAGGAAAUCAUGUCUCUGGGAGAACACCCCAGCAGUGUGGUUUCUGUCAAGUACUGCUCCAGCCUGGUCUUCACUGUCUCCACCUCCUACAUCAAAGUGUGGGACAUCCGUGAUUCAGCCAAGUGCAUCCGAACACUGACAUCUUCUGGGCAGGUGUCUCAGGGUGAUAGCUGUGCUGCUAUGGGCAACCGAGCCGUUGCCAUCCCUCCUGGAGAGAAUCAGAUCAACCAGAUCGCGCUGAAUCCUUCAGGAACGUUCAUGUAUGCUGCAGCUGGCAACUCCGUUAGAAUGUGGGAUCUGAGAAGGUUUGUUUCUACAGGGAAACUAACAGGUCACCUUGGGCCAGUAAUGUGUCUUGCAGUGGAUCAGCUGGGCAGCAGUCAGGAUGUGGUCAUCACAGGGUCCAAGGACCACAACAUAAAGAUGUUUGAUGUGGUGGAGGGGGCUCAGGGGAGCAUUUCUUCAACUCAUAACUUUGAGCCUGCUCAUCGGGAUGGCAUGGAAGCCUUGAGUAUACACGGAGACUCGCUGUACAGUGCUGGCAGAGACCAUUGCAUCAAGAAAUGGGACUUAUCUAGAAAGCAGCUUCAGCAGCAGCAGGUAGACAGAGCCCAUUCGGACUGGAUGAGUGCUUUGACGGUGGUUCCAGGAUCCAGGGUGCUACUGACUGCGUGCAGAGGAGGACUGCUGAAGUUAUGGAAUUCAGACACACUCAGACCUCUAGGGGAGCUAAGAGGACACGACAGUGGUGUCAACAGCAUCUCCACUAACAGCACUCAUCUCUUUACAGCCUCAGAAGACAGAACCGUGCGGAUCUGGCAGGUUAAGGGUUCUCUGGACGAUGGGCUCUACUGAAGCGCAGCACAGGACUGGUGUUGGACUAUGUGUGCGUGUGGUAGAGAAGCUAAAAGAUCUCCAAAGUCCUCUGUCCUCACCAAUAUUUUGUUUUUUUGUGGUUUCUUUGCUCAGGAGUGUUUGAUUUUCUGCUCUGGCUGUCGUCCGUGAUGAUGAUCAGCGUACGUCUAUAUGUACCCUGCUUGAGAACGCAUCCUGGAGUGCAGUCAGCUGAAGCUGCUGAUGACCACAGUGGCAGAUGCGUAGGUCAUGUGCUUAUAGCCGAAAGGGGCUUAAAAACCAAAGCUGGGCUUUCGGUUUUGAAACGCUGUGAAACUCGCGACAGCACAACCUAUUCAUUUGGACAGGACGGGACCAAUAUGCUCUUAAAUUAUACACGUUUGAUUAAUGUCAGUACUCUCCAGUGGUUGGUGACCAAAGUGCAAAAAAAAGCUCAGAAAAGCUUUUCCUCAGUAUGUCAAUGAUUUUGCUAUCUACUGGUACAAAUACAUGUUCACCUGUUCUGUUGUCUGUUCAAAAUCAGUAUUUGUGUUGUGUGUAAAUAUGACUGUGUCUGAGUUCUGAAGUGCUGAUCUUUAAACACGUUCAGACACUAUAGGGUAGUUUACCCAAACAGGAAUUAAGCCUUGUCUUAGACUACACAGAAUUUUAAAUGAAGUAGUCUAGGGUAGCCUUAAUUCCUUUCUGGAAAGCUGACCAAAUAUCUCUUGGACGGGUUUUGGCUUUACACUCUGAAAAUUGAGGUGUUACAAAUGGUUCUUUGUUGGAUAAAAGUCCUAAAAUAACCUAUUUUCCUAUUUUGCUCCCAUAAUGAUAAGUUUGAACCAUGUUGUAUGAGAUCAAAGGCCACUACUGCCAUCACACCUUGUCCAGACACUUGUCUGCAACAUAACAGGCAUUUUGUUUAUUCUGAUUACAUUAUUUAUUACCAAAUUAAGUUCAUUUUGUUGAUCAACUCAUCCAUCCCCCACAAGGGUGAGUUUCUUGGGAGCAAAACGUGUACAACUUGUACCUUUUAAUUGUUUUAUUAUUUUUUGUUGUAAUAAUAUGGUUUUGGGCAUGGUGCAGGUGUGUGACAAAUUUGUUAAUAAUCUUUGCAUUGGGUUUACAAUUGGGCUUCUUUAGGCAUUUAAGAAAUCAUACCCAACCAUCUGUUAUAAACAUUCAAACUAUACUCUUUAAGAAACCAAAAGUGUUUCUUUAAAGGUAUUGGGUGUAUAAAGAACCAUUUGAAGCGCCUUUACUUUUGAGGGUGUAAAUGGGAUAAUUCACUGGAAACUGGAACACUGUCUUAACAUUGCCUCUUUAAUGCUGUAUGUCAUUCCAGGUCAAUACAUUUCAUCUCUGAAUUGA